AUGGCGAGAGCUGCUUUCGUCGAUCCUUUCGCACCAGUAACCCGUAAAGCAGUUUCAGGACCGCUUGCUCCGCUGCAACAGCAACAGCAGCAACGGUUGUCGGUCUCAGGCCCGUUGUUCCAGGAUUCUAGACUCGCUGGUCCCUCGUAUAGCGACGCGGCGCAACACGAGCAGCAACUGCAACAGCUCGCGGGUCCUACGUCUUCCUUCGCUACAACGCCGCUCGCGGAGAUUUGGUGGGGGAUUGCCCCAUCUUCUGAUGCCAUGGCGGUGGCGGAAGCAGUAUGGGGUGCGCAUCACCAUGCAACACUUGCGCCUCAUCCCGCAUCCCCCUCCUUGGCCUCUCCCUCUAACGCUCCGAUUGAAGCCACGGGCGCGGCCGGGGGGUGCUGGGAGUGGGCCGAAGCGGGGGCGAUGGCGGCGGCGGCAGACGAAGAGGAGGUGUCUUCUACAUACCGAGGGGACGGCUCUUGCCCGAACACCCCUGGGUGUAACGGCGAGUAUCCCGCUUGUGCCGGUGCUAUCGCAGGCGGUUUCGACUGCGGUGCCAUCAGUCCGACGGUGUCGCUGCCUGCAUCUGGUUUUCGCGACGCUUCGCUUAGAGCGGCGAAGUGCACGUGUGGUGGCGAGGGAUACAAUCGCGCGAUGUGUCUGUGUGCGAUGGGCGUGCCGCAUCUCGCGGUGCCGCAAGGGUUUGAUGUGGAGGGGUGGACGACGAGCUGCGAUAGCGACAUGGACGGCGACGUCGCUAGCGUCGCAGACGACGAGGAGGGAAGCUGGGGGGAGAGUGAGUGCGGACCUAGCGCGGAAGCUCCAUCUGUUGGUGGUGAUAGCUGGUGUACGUUCUUACCUGACCGUGUCCGGGAGACACCGCAAACCAUGGCCGGCAAACGCGCCGGGCGCGGGUCCCGCUACAUGCGCCGCGACUUUAAGAAGAACCGCCCCAACGAGUGGAUCCGACCGCGCCGCGACGAGCGGUCCGGGCAACCCGGCGCGGAAGGCGGCGAGGCUGGCGGUGCGAGCGGCGGUCCGUGGAAGGCGUUUGUUCUGGAAAAUGAAGCGUUCGAGUCGUAUUACAAGAAGCAGCGGCUGCUGCCGGAGGCCGAAUGGGAUGCAUUCGUGGCCAGCAUGCGCCAGCCGCUGCCCACAACCUUCCGCAUUAACGCCAAUGGUCCGUUUGCAAUGCAUAUCCGAGAUGAGAUGGAGAGGCAUGUGGCCGAGUCGUUCAGCCAGCCGUUAGAGGUGGAGGGCGAGCGCGUGGAGGCGCCACGGGUGCUGCCGUGGUACCCGGACCGGCUGGGCUGGCACCUCAACAUCUCCCGCCAGCAGCUGCGCACCCUGCCCCAGCUCAACAGGCUGUUUGACUUCGUCAAGCGGGAGAACGAGAUUGGUGCCAUCACUCGCCAGGAGGCCGUCAGCAUGAUCCCACCACUUCUUCUGGACGUGCAACCACAUCACAACGUGCUCGACAUGUGUGCGGCGCCGGGAUCAAAGACCUUUCAGCUGCUGGAGAUGCUACACGAGGGGUGCGGGCCGGCACAGCUGCCCUCGGGCAUGGUAGUGGCAAACGAGCUUGACAUCAGGCGGUGUCACCUGCUGGUGCACCAGACGCAGCGCCUCUCCUCGCCCUGCAUCCUCGUUACUAACCACGCCGCCCAACUCUUCCCCUCCCUCUCCAUCUCCUCUGAUGCUGCUGCCGCUGCUGGCCCUGCCCCCGCUGUUGCUGCUGAGGCGGGGAUGGGGGGAGAGGAGAAGGGGGAUAAGGCGGAGGCAGUGGGUGGUGAGAUAAAGGGGAAGGAGCAGGAGGGCGGUGACGGUACGGCAGGAGAGGCGAAAGUAAAGUUGGAGGGAGAGGCGAAAGGAGAGGGGAAAGGAGAGGCGGAGGGCACAGUGAAAGGAGACGGGGAGGGCGAGGGCGAGGGGGAGCUGUUUGACCGCAUUCUGUGUGACGUGCCGUGCAGUGGCGAUGGCACCAUGCGCAAGGCGCCCGAUAUCUGGAAGAAAUGGAACACGGGCAACGGCAAUGGGCUGCAUGCGCUGCAGAUUAAAAUCGCCAUGAGGGCGGUGGCGCUGCUGAGGGUGGGGGGUCGCCUGGUCUACUCCACGUGUUCACUCAACCCUCUGGAGAACGAGGCAGUCGUUGCUCAGAUCCUGCGCGAGUCCAAUGGGUGCAUGCGUCUAGUGGACUGCUCCAACAUGCUUCCCAACCUCAAGCGCUCGCCUGGGCUCAAGUCGUGGAAGGUGAAGGAUCGCUUUGGGUGGCACGCACACUACACUCCGCGUAUCGUGUACCGAGGGGCAGUCACCACUCCAUCCAUGUUCCCAUCUGACGAGCCCACCAUCGCGAGCAUCGAGGCCUUCUACGGCGUGCUGCCCGCCUUCCCCCUGCGCUCGCAGCUCAUCGUGCGCAGCGACGCGCCGAGUCACAGCAAGCGCAUCUACCUCGUGUCGAAGCCGAUUGCGCAGGCGAUUCGAGCGAAUCAAGCUUCGGGGCAGCGGCUUAAGAUGGUGUCAACUGGGGUCAAGCUCUUUGAGCGCCAGAGCACCAAGGACGGAGAGGUGCCGUGCUGCUUCCGCCUGUCAGCGGAGGGUCUGCCCUUCAUCCUGCCCUUCAUCACGCGCCAGCUCGUGCACGUGCCCCCGCGCGACUUCCGCCUGAUGCUCUCCAAGCGCUCCAUGCUGCUCACAGAGCUCUCCGAGGGGGUGGCUAUGGCGCUGGAGGAGGCGGACAUGGGCUGUGUGGUACUUGUGCUGGACCCCAAAGGUGCGUUGGUGGUGGGGAUGAGAGGGAGAGGGGGGGAGAGGAGAGGGACUUCCGCCUGA